AUGAGUAGUACGAGUGCGUACGGCAGCGCCUUGCGCAAUGGGCGAUAUGCCUCCAUUCUCCUCUCAAAAUCCGAUGCCGCAUCGGACCCAGCUCCGGUGGCCGGGGCCUUGAUCAAUGCCUUGGUUGCCCGGUUGAUAUCCUCCGAUCCCGAUCCCGGCUCCGACUCCAAGACGGAGCCAUCGGGAGAUGUUCCCCAGCUUCUGUCGGUCGGCCUUGCUGCCUUGAAUGCCUUCCUUCAAGUCAACGUUACCGGUCCUGUUCUUCCUGAAUCAGCGGCUCUCAGCGCUCUGAUCACCAAGGCAUGGGCUGGUGUUCAGCCUGACGAUACCAAGAAGACCCAGGUCCAUCUCCACAAGGCUUGUCUUAGUUACCUAGAGGUCGAUGGUGUCUCGCCAUAUGCUUACAUUCCUCACUUGGAACUCUUCGCUCUAGCACGGCAUAUCAUCACACAGGAGCUCCCUCAAGCCACCAAGGAUGUUGUUGAGAUCCCCGCUGAGGAAAAGUCACUCAAGUGCAGUCUUUCUUGGACACAACUUCGAGUCAAUGUCUGGCACUACAAGCUCUUGACACAGCCUAGCUUGGGUCACGGUUCCAACUUUGCUCGAAGCUCUCAAUGGAGUGAUGUGCCAGCACUGGCAUCGCAAAUCUUGGAUGGUAUCGACAGCGUACGCGCGCAGGUUCUCGGUAAGGAAGUAUGGGCCUCUGAAAACGAUGCAUGGAGCCGCGAGGAAAAGGUGCAGUUUCUUGUCGAGGCUGCCAACAACUACAUCUUGCUAGGCCGUGACGAUAAGGCCAAGGAAGCUCUGAAGGAGGCUUCCCAAACAAGUGGCCUUGAGUACGCACUGUCAGGUGCCCUUGGAAAGAGGACCAAAUUCCAAGAGAACAGUAUCAGCCAACUUGUAGUUUUGGCCAAGAGCGCCACUGAACAAAAGGUCGAUAACGCUGAAGAGGAGGCCAAGCCGGAUGCCCUUCAACUGAACGAUGACACUCUGCACGAGGAGAUCCAGUUUGCCAAGGAGGAGAACGACAACGACAAGAAAGCCUCGCUACCUGCUGCAUUGGUCGACCUCUCACCUGAUGACCAACCUCAACUUUCACCGCUGGACCAGAUUAUCCUUCUCACCGAGGCGACACUCAAGGAUGCUUUCUCGCCUAUUGACACCUUGACUUCAGCAGAAGUUCUGCCUUAUGCGGUGCGAGUUAUUGCAGAUAAGUCGACCAAUUGGCAGAUUUACACCCACGCCUUGCUUGUUCGAUCGCGAAUUGAGGUUCAUCGCAGCCGAACUGUUGAGCGAGCUGUACUUCAGCUCCAAGCUGUGGCUGAUCAAGUGUUGACAGACACAACCGCUGAGGCCCAACAAAAAGCCGAGGCGAGAGAGCAGAACGCUGAGAAUGAAGCUCCGGCUAUCCAGAUCACUACCCCUGAUCAGACUUCUGCGCCUGUCCAAAACAAAUCCACCUCUUUCCUUCCUGCACCCAAGGCCUCAGAGUCUGCCCCUGUACAGGUCCGUCUUGAGUACAUCCACGCCAUUUGCUCUCCUCCGCGAUGGCAUCUCGAGUCUGAGCUGGCCUAUGCAUGGGCUGGUAUCGGAUCUUUGGUCUCUGCUCUCGAGAUCUUCAAGCGCCUUCGACUUUGGGCCGAGGUAGCACUCUGCCUUGCUACCGCUGGAGCAUCUGAGGAUGAAGAUGGUCGUGGAAGUGGUGGCGAGGAGAAAGCCAGAGGAAUCAUCCGCUGGAGGCUUUUCCACCGCACUGGAGAGACAUCCCCAUUGGAUCCCGAUGAUGAGGAUAUUGGUGACGAUGUAACACUUCUCAAGGGUGCAGAUUUCUCUGGACCUGAGCGCGAUCCUCCACCACCUAACGCUCCUCGACUGUUCUGUAUUCUGGGUGAUAUCGAGAACGAGCCAUCUUAUUAUGAGCGUGCAUGGGAGAUCUCCAAGCACCGUUACGCCCGCGCCCAAAAGUCACUUGGCGAGUACUACCUACAGAACAAGGACUGGGAAAAGGCCCGCGAGGCGUACAAGAAGGCGACAGCUGUUAACCGUCUGAGCCCUGAAAUGUGGAGUCGUCUUGGAGACAUCAGUCUGCGACUUGCGCAGUUUGGUGAUGCUGCCGAGGCCUUCAACCGCUCCAUUGGGUCUGCAAGCGAUACAGCUGGAGGCGAGGAUGCCCGAACUUGGAGCAACCUAGGAAGUGCCCUUUGGAGUUUGUACUGCGAAGUUGUCGCCGAUGCUAAAAACAAGCCUCCUGUUAUCGAAGAAACCCCUGCUCCCGCCCCUGCAGAGGAUGAAGAGGAUGACGUUGCGCUCGCCAAGACCACCAAGUCCUCGGACCGUGACCCGGCAACUCUGCUGUCCCAAUCUCUCGCGGCUUACAAGAGAGGUGCUUCUAUCGCUCACGACAACUGGAGAAUCUGGGACAAUGUACUCACUCUGGGCGCGCGUGUGCAGCCCCCUGCUGUGACCGAUAUGAUUCUUGCACUUAAGAACAUCAUCCGCAUCCGCAAGUCAGAAGAUGCCGUUGACGCCGACGUCCUCGGAGCACUGCUCCAAGACGCUGUCCUCUCAGUUGAGAAGACAACAAGUACAGGCGUGUACGAUCCUCCCCGAGGAACACCAGAGCGACUUGUUAUGCGUCUGUUUGAGGAAGAGUUGAUACCUCUCAUCACACAGCGCUCGGAACUAUGGACUCUGGUCUCACGACUUCGGGGUUGGAGAAGAGAUUACGCAGGUGCCAUUGAUGCAGCAGAGCGAGCCUGGCGUGCAGCCGUAGGAUCCUCCGGCAGCGGUCUCCUGCCCGGUGCGGCAAGCACAACAGCCGACGAGGCGCGAGACUGGACUGUUGACGAGGGUGCAUGGACCAUUGUCGUGCAAAGGACCGAUGAAUUAGUGUCUGUAUUCGAGAACUGGGGCCCUUCCGUCGAGACCAUCGGCAGCAAGUGGAAGGGUAAGGCGAGAAGCGCAGUGAGGAGUGUUAUGGGCAGAGGCAAGGAAAAUUGGGAGGGAAGUGAAGGGUGGAAGACAUUGGAGAAUUUGAUGGAGGGCUUGAGGAUUUCCUAA